CACACCGAUUGCCGCAACAAAAAAAGAACAACAACGACGAGCGUGGUGUGGGGGAAACUGCUCCCCGAAACUAAGACCAAACCGAAAUAAAAUGGCCCAAUUUGAAAAGGAAAUUGUGCAGGCAGUGCUGAUAGCCGACAACAAUGUGUGGAACUUCAAGCCCCUCUCGGAUGAGGGUUCCACGGCUCUGCUGCCACUGGUCAAUGUGAGGAUGCUGGACUACGCUUUAAUCGCCUUGAAUCGCAGCGGGGUGGAGGAGGUGUUUGUGUACGCCAGCCUUUAUCUGCAGAACAUCCGGGAUCACAUCAAAGCUGGCAUAGCCACGUAUGCUUCCUGGUCCUUUAAAAUGACCGUCCAUGUGAUUGGCGGCGAGGGCUGUCGCUGUUUCGGCGAUGCCAUGCGAGAUCUGGACGCCAAGGCUCUGAUCCGCGGCAAUUUUAUACUGCUGGGCGCCGAUACGGUCACGAAUGCCGAUCUGCGUCCGGUGCUGGAGCAGCACAAGCGGCAGGCCAAGUUCGACAAGGGCACCGCCGCCACGCUGGUGUUUAAGGAGUGCUCCAAUAACGUGCGCACUGGGAACGAGCUCCUCAUUGCCGUGGAUCGCCGCAACGAUCGCCUGCAUUACCACCAGCGGCUGAGGAUGCACCAGAAGGAGCCGCGCUACCAAAUACCGCUGGACGUCUUCCUGGGCAACUCGUGUGUGGCGCUGCACCACAACCUUUUGGAUCCACAAAUUGCCAUUGGUUCCCCGUCGAUGCUGUCGCUUUUCAGUGACAACUUUGACUUCCAGACGCGGGAUGACUUUGUGCGUGGCCUGCUGAUCAACGAGGAGCUGCUCGAUAGCCGGAUAUAUGUGGCUCUGCUCCCGGCUGCCCAGUAUGCGCACAAGGUGAACAACUGGCCGGCCUACCAGCUGGUCAGCCGGGACAUCAUCAACCGGUGGGCCUACCCGCUCGUCCCGGACAUGGGCGUUUACAAGCUGCAGCAGCAGUAUGUCUUCCACAAGGACAACAUCUACAAGAGCCCGGGGGCGCAUGUGUCCAAGGUGGCGCUGCAGCAGAACGUGGUCAUCCAGGCGGGCAGCCGGGUAGAUAGUGGUUCGGUCAUCAGCGACAGUGUGAUUGGAGCCAACUGCCGCAUCGGUAAGAACUGCCGGCUGAGCAACGUGUUCCUCAUGGCCGAUGUCACCGUAAAGGACAACUGCCGGCUGGAGCAUAGUGUGGUGGGUGCGGGCGCCACCAUUAACGAGGAUUGCGAUGUGAGCGCAGGCUGUGUUUUGGGAGCAAAUAGCGUGCUGCCAGCCCAGACAAAGCUUUCCAAGACUCUCGUCACUAGCACGCCCAACACACAGCGCAGUGAGGAGGAUGCGCUCGCAAUGGAGCUGGAGUCCAUUGGGCCACAUGCCUACAUUGUCAGCGACCUGACCACCGGUGAUCCCGAGGACUCGGAUGGCGAGGAUUUCCUGCCUCAGCAACCGCUGAGCAUACCCAAAAUGGGCGACCUGCUGGCUCCGCUGGACGAGAUCAGCUAUUGCACUGACCUCAGCGACGACGACGAGGAUGCCUCGCGAGCGGUGACGCCUCUGCCCGAUGACACAAAUAUUUUCCUGGGCGAGGUGAUCGACUCCCUGACGCGUGGUUUUCGCGAAAAGUCCAAUCCCGACUUUCUUAUCCUCGAAAUCAACUCCUCGCGCUAUGCCUACAAUAUGUCACUCAAGGAAGUUAACUUCAAUGUGGUAAAGGCUGUGUUCGGCAUGCAGAGCAUCCUGGACCCGGUGAAUAACAAUGUUCUGGUGGCCAUAAAUGCUGCCUUUAAACAACUGGGACCUGUGGUCUCCAACUACAUUAAGAGCGAGGAUGCCAUGCUCGAUUGCCUCAAGGCGCUGGAGGAUGUGUACGAGGAGAAUCCUCUGGUGCGGGAGAAGAUCUCGCAGAUUGUGCACUACUUGUACGACAAGGACUUCGUUUCUGAGGAUGCCAUCCAGGCCUGGUUCGAGCAGUUGGACGAGGAGGAGCAUGCGCAUCUGCGCCAGAGCCUGGCGAAGCUUGUGGCCUGGCUGAAUCAGUCCAGUGAAGAGGAGGAUGACGACGACGAUGAUGAGGAGGAAGAGGAUUAGGAAGCAACGACGCCCGCUCACGUUUUUCACUUUUUUUAAACAACUUUCGAAGAAUUUUCUCUUCUAGCUUUUAAAUGCCGAACCAUGAAAUGGUUCACCCAAAAAAAAGAUGAAAUAAAAACAGGAUUAAUCCAAAA